UCCACAUUUGCCUCCGUCAACAUGCUGGCGCUCACGGACCUCUUCGCUGAGCACGCGAAGCUGCUCGCGGCCUUUGGCCUCUUCCUCCUCGUGGCCAUCUACCUCUCGCUGCCUAAGAAGACCAACGGCAAGCUCCCGCCGGUGCUCAACUACAUGAUCCCGAUCCUCGGGUCGUUCCCGGCGUUCGCCAAGGACCCGAUCCAGAUGGUCCUCGACGGCUACAAGGAGAAGGGCUCGUGCUUCACGGCCAAGAUGUUUGGCCAGGACUUGACGUUCCUCAUUGGCCCCAAGGCCCACGAGUCGUUUUACAAGCCCAACGACGACUACUUGAGCCAGAGCGAGGUAUACCAGCUCAUGACGCCCGUCUUCGGCCCUGGUCUUGUCUACGACGCGACGCCCAAGCGCCGCGCGCAGCAGAUGCAGUUCAUGGCCAACGGUCUUCGCACGUCGCGCCUCAAGACGUACGUCGAGAAGAUCCGCAUGGAGACCGAGCUCUACUUCAAGGCUUUCCCGAAGGAGUCGACCGUGAGCCUGAAGAAGAUCUUUUCGGAGGUCACGAUCUUGACGGCGUCCCGCGCGCUCCUCGGCGAUGAAGUUCGUGAGAACCUCUUCAAGGAAGUCUCUUCGCUCUACUGCGAUCUCGACGGCGGUACCACGCCCCUCAGCUUCUUCUUCCCGUACCUCCCGAUCCCGAUGCACCGUCGUCGUGAUGCUGCUCGCAAAAAGAUGUCAGAUCUCUUCUCCGGCGUCAUCAAGCAGCGCCGUGAGUCGGGCAAGCGCGCGGACGAUAUCCUCGACACGUUCAUGAACUCGGAGUACAAGGACACGCCGGGCGUCCCGAUCCCGAAUGAGCACAUUGUCGGCCUCCUCAUCGCGCUUCUCUUUGCGGGUCAGCACACGAGCUCGCUCACGGUCACGUGGGCCGUCAUCGAGCUCGUGCUCCAGACGCCCGAGAUGAUCCCCAAGAUCCUCAAGGAGCAGGACGAAGUCCUCGGCGAAGGCGGCAGCGACAACCUCAACUUUGACACGGUCAACAACAUGCCGAUCUUGCACGCGUGCAUCAAGGAGACGCUGCGCCUGACGCCGCCGCUCAUCUUCCUCAUGCGCAAGGUCAUGAAGGACAUUACGUGCAACGAGUACACGAUCCCGGCCGGCCACAUUGUGUUUUCGUCGCCCGCCGCGGCGUGCCGCCUCCCGGAUUACUGGGCCGAACCGGACAAGUACGACCCGAUGCGCUUCCUCGACGGUCGCAAUGAGGAGGACCGCCAGCCGUACACGAACGUGAGCUUCGGCGGCGGCAUGCACGGCUGCAUGGGCCAGCAGUACGCGUACAUCCAGGUCAAGAUUGUGCUCAGCAUCUUCUUCCGCCUCUUCAAGGUCGAAAUGGUCGACAAGACGUUCCCGAAGCAGGACUACACGUGCCUCGUCGUGCCGCCCGUCGGCGAGACGCUCGCCAAGCUCACGCGCGUCGACUAGAUGCGUUGGCGCGAAAGCCUUUUAUUUUUGAGUUAUGUAGACCAUAUUUUGGACAGGCAGG